GUGCUAACUAGUGAUGACCAAGGGGGAGUGGAUCUACGGUGGGUGUUCAUUCUACUGUUUAUUCAUUUUCUGUGGACCCAUAUUCCUUUGCCUAUUCUUGAUUUGGAUACAACCGACAAUAGGACACUACCUGGUUGCAGCGUGUGCAUUUAGCCUCAAUUGCAAGAAAGGGUCAUUUUGUGGCUGGGCCAUAGAGAUGACCAGGCUGUGACGGUUGGGUUCUCUCUCUGUCUGUGGACCAACCCUGGCAUGGCUACUGCUAGGAAGAGCUCCGCAGCAAAGGCGGGAGGAGUUGGUUUCUCAGAAGAGCCAGCUGCCGGCACGCCGUCCCAUGUCCACUUUGAUGAGAAGCUCCACGACUCUGUCGUCAUGGUGAUCCCUCAGCCUGACGGGAACUUUAUGGUCAAGGUUGGUUUCCUGAAGACCCAGCACAAGUAUGAGAUUGUCUUCACCCUCCCGGAGCUUCCAUCACUGGGGAAGGACGCGUCUCCAGCUCCAGUACCCAACCCCCAUAUCCGCAUCACUGAUAUCACUCCUGUACCAGAGGGUGGUCUGAGAGUGACAUGUGAGUACAUGGCCCACCAGGAGGGGGUGCUGUGUGAGGAGGUGAUGCUGGUCAAUGAGAGCCAGGAGGAUGUCUGCGUGGGGGUCAAAGUGCACGCCCGCGUCAUGGACCGUCACCAUGGUACACCCAUGUUGUUGGAAGGAGUGCGUUGUGUGGGAGUGGAGCUGGAGUAUGACUCUGAACAGAGUGACUGGCAAGGAUUUGACUAAACCAGACAAUGUGACACACACACACAAAAGACCAUGCCACAUGUAUUCAAAUUCAACAUCCACUGUACUUCAAACGAUCCCUGACCAUUUCAAGAUGUUAUGGUCCUAAAGGGAGGAUUAAAUUAGGAAAUGGAUAGAAGUUAUUUGAAGUAGUAGCCUGGGUUUUUAAUUUUACAUUCAGGCCGUACUUGGCCGCUAAAAGCUGAAUUGCAGCACACAACGCAUACAAGUAAACAAAUAAAAUCUUACCUUGCUUCAAAAGUAAAACAAACAAGCAUCAAAACCUUUUCUUUUUUUAAAGCAAGUCCAAUGUGAUCCGAUCACUGAGCUUCCCUCAACUAUACUGAACACAAAUAUAAAUCACUGAGCUUCCCUCAACUAUACUGAACACAAAUAUAAAUCACUGAGCUUCCCUCAACUAUACUGAACACAAAUAUAAAUCACUGAGCUUCCCUCAACUAUACUGAACACAAAUAUAAAUCACUGAGCUUCCCUCAACUAUACUGAACACAAAUAUAAAUCACUGAGCUUCCCUCAACUAUACUGAACACAAAUAUAAAUCACUGAGCUUCCCUCAACUAUACUGAACACAAAUAUAAAUCACUGAGCUUCCCUCAACUAUACUGAACACAAAUAUAAAUCACUGAGCUUCCCUCAACUAUACUGAACACAAAUAUAAAUCACUGAGCUUCCCUCAACUAUACUGAACACAAAUAUAAAUCACUGAGCUUCACUCAACUAUACUGAACACAAAUAUAAAUCACUGAGCUUCCCUCAACUAUACUGAACACAAAUAUAAAUGUAGCAUUUAACCAUUUCAGUUAGUUCAUAUAAGGAAAUCAAAUAAAUUCAUUAGGCCCUAAUCUAUGGAUUUCACGACUAGAAAUACAGAUAUGUUGGUCACAGAUACCUUUAAAUAAAAAAGAUAAUGAUCAUGCGGUUUAAUCAGCUUCUUGUUAUGCCACAACCUGUAGGUGGAUGGAUUAUUUUGGCAAAGGAGAAAUGCUCACUAUGGAUGUAAACAAGUUUGUGCACAAAAUGUAAGAGAUGCUUUUUUUGCGUCUGGAAAAGUUCUGGGAUCUUUUAUUUUAGCUCAUGAACCAUGGGACCAGCACUUUAAAUGUUGCGUUUAUAUUUUUGUUCAGUAUAGUUAACAUAUCUGAAAUGCAUCUGUACGAAGUACUGUUGUUAGUACUGUGAUAACACGCUAUCCAACUGCCCAUGCCAUUCCACUGCCUGCCUGCCUGCCCCUAUGUUGUUUAGAAUGUGUUUUCUGAGUAAACCUUUAGGGGGCAACAAAGUUCACGUAAUCAAGCCAGACCAUUUCACCCAGCCUAAACUCAACUGUACCAAUAGGGGGCGACAAAAACCACUAAAAUUAUCCCUCUCAUCUCAAUCCAAAGGUGUAGAGGGAUUCAAAAGGACUUCUUUAAAUGAAAGAAUUUUACGCUAUUAAUCAGUCGCAAGUGCCUACGUUGCUGUACAGCUUUUACCAUCAACAACUGCCUUCUGUCCCGUACUAUCCUAUCUAUCAAGUAUCUCCCCUUCAGGAGUUAAAAGAUUUUGGACUUUAGUGGAUCAACGAUAGCUCAGCCUUCCAAGAUAAUUUUUAUAUCUACAAAACAUUUCAAGUAUAUUUAUAAAAUAUUAAAGAUUGGCGCCAUCAGUACCAUUGGUAGUAAAUCCACACUCCAAUUAGAUUGCCAGUUGUUUUUUGCUCUUUUAAUAUAUUUGAGGCAACAAGAAGAAAUAAAAGACAAACAUUUUGGUUGUUAGCCCACCAUGAAUCUGCCAACAACUAGUAACACUUUAUCUACCCCCAAAGCCCUCACCAUCCUCUCUGAGCACUCAUACUCUCAUUGCAACCUAAUAGUUUAGUAGUCACUGUUUACUGUCAAUAGCUAGUCAAUGUAAAUGUAUAUUCCGAUCCAAUAAGAAUGUCAAGUAUCUAGCAUAAAACAUAUCCUAAUUUCACAUAGCUAAACGGACAAAGCCCUGUUUUAAAUAUUAUUAUUUUUAUAUCGGACAAUCUUCAUGUGUUAACUGUGUUCGGCCUUAAUUGAGGAGAACCUGUAUAUCGUUUGUGUUUGUAUAAGAGGCUCUAAUGUCUUAAAGUUAUACCUUGUUGUUAUGGUGUCCAUACUAAAUCCAUGCUCCAGGGUAGGGGUCAAUUCCAUUUCAAUUCAGGAAGUACAUUUGAAAUUCCAGUUCUUUUCAAUUAGGAAAAUGUGGAAUUGGAAUUAGUUUACUUUCUGAGUUGACUGGAAUGGAAAUGUCCUGAACCCUGCCAUGCUUCAAAAGCUAGUGAGACCGAGUGUGGAUUCAGUUUGGAUACAAGGCCAUCUUGUCCUUUUGAAUAGAAAAGAGAGGGCACUAUUGUUCAUGCAGUCAGACUUCUCAAAAUAAUAUCCUUAGCCCAUAUUGUGAUGGGCAUCAUAGCAGGUUUGGGGUCAAUUCCAUUUAAAUUCCAGUCAAUUCAGAAUGUAAACCAAAAUCCAAAUGGUCCGAAUUGAAAUGUCAGUGUACUUUCUGAAUUGACUGAAAUUGAAAUGGAGUUGACCCCAGCUCUGGUUGUUGGGUAAUUGUACUGAGGGGUUACGGUACUAGGGGGGGUGUGGCAUUUUGUCAGUCGAUAUACAAUACAUGUUCCUUCAUUGGUGUUUGCUACUAUGGUCUGUGUUCUUUUCUUAUACCAUAAAACAAAGUUUAAGUGCUUAUCAAGAAACACUUCCAAAAGGACUGAUUUGAGGUAGAAAGAAGUUAGAGCACUCAACAACAAAGCAGGGCUGUAUUUAUUUUAGCUCACUUUAAUCCAUUCUAUGCCGAUGUGAACAGGUGGAUGUCAAGCUGACAAUAAAUCAAUGUCAGAUUUAAAAUAAAAUGAAAUUGUUUAGUGCUCCAUCUUCAUUCGACUUCAAAUGAGUCCUUUUGGAAGUUUAAGCGCUUCUCGUGAAUUGUUGUUAUUGUUGUUGAGCACCUUUGUCUGCUGAAGUGUGAAUGCCCACCUGAACUAAUAAAGUUUGUGUUUAAUUGUG